CGCGUUGGAGGACAAGCGCGUAGCGACACGCGUCCAGCGGUGUACGCAGAGAAAAAGUUCUCACCGUUCGAGAGAAAAAUGUGAAUCAUCGCGACUAAGCUUUGUAUGAUGCUUUAUCGUGAAAAAAUCGACAAGUGUGACGACUAUUGACGUUGGACGCGACGCAAAUAUGUUGAGUUCGAUCGAAUCCUCGACUAGCUGUGGUUAAUACGCGACUCUAACCUAUAACAAUGUGGGGACUCGUCGGCCUCGCGAUGCUUCUUUGUUUCUUGAACAGAAGCGUCGCGGCCUCUUAUUGUUACCCGGACUACUGUCAGAACGUGACAAAGCUGGCUGCUACGCCUGAUUUUCAGUGUCUGUUGACAAAAGCUCAAAAAAACGAAGACUGCACCAAACUCACAUUCGAUGGUUAUAGUCGUUACCCACCAAACGGCGAAACAGCCAAGUUUAAUCUACGCGCGUACACAUACGAGGAAUCUGGAUAUAAAUGGACGGCUUUCAACUUCAGCGUUACCAAUGUGGACUUUCGUGAACUGGUUACACGUUAUCAGAGUUUACUGAAUGAAAAUGAGUCAAUCUGUAGAUACAUAGAAGUCCAUGGGAACGAAACUGACCCAGCUCCAAAGGAAUUGUACGUUUCUUGUCCAUUUUCUGACGAAUCCUACGAGUCAGUCCCGUACCGGUUAGAGUACCUAGUAACAGGAGAAAAGUACAAGUAUAGCAAAAGAUACGUUUUCAAUGUACCUGUGCACAGAUUUAUCGGAGAAGAUGUAAGUAUAAAGGAAUAUAGACCGUUUGUAUAUAUCGAUGUGUCUUACGCUCCCCUUCUUUCGUUGCACGUUCAACCAAUGCCAGAAGUAUAUAACAUAACAGGAUAUAAAGUCUGGUUGAUAAACAACGAUACGGAUUUCGCAAAAGCAUUUAAUAUGACGAGCGAACAAGAUUUCCGAUACAAUUUUACCGCGCACACCGGCGUGUUUUAUUUUAAAGUUGCUGUUAUGCAUCCGGAAUGUGGCGACUAUGGAUGCGUAAAUAGCACCACGCCCUUUAUCAUUAUACAGGAAACGUCUCACCGUCUGCUAAUCAUGAUUAUUAGCACCGUGUGGAUACCGCCAGUGAUACUAUACGUUCUUUAUCAUCUGUACAAAUUGUAUAGAAAGGAAGCAACGAAAAGGAGAGGGAAGCCAAAAUGUUUGUUAGUUUACUCACCAACGCGACUAUCGCAUAUCAACGUAAUGAUCGAGCUGGCGAAAUACUUGAGAAUCUGCGACAUUAACGCUAUGAUAGACAUGCUCGACGUUACGGAUACCAUCGGCAAAGGUCCGGAAUGUUGGUGCGACGCCGCGUUCCGAAACGCGGACGUCGUCCUUAUCGCAACUUCUCCACCGCCUGAGAAACCUGCGGUCUCGACCGUUUAUCACAACACCGGCAAUUAUCUUCUACGACUGGUCAAAGAAAGUCAGUCGCAAAAAGAGAAGCGCUGCUACAUCGUGCAGUUGCCGUAUUGCAAGUCGGACGACGUACCGGAAGAAACGAGGCAUUUCAAGAGACUUUGCUUGCCAAAAGAACUGACGAAACUUGUGAAAAUUAUUCACAAGAUGGAGCACGCAAGAUGCGUUUCCUCGGUAUCCGACCGUGAAUUUUUGGACAGCGUGAAAUUAGCGAAACUCGAGAUACUAAAGGAAGAUGCGAACGUUGCGAAAGACGAACGAGAAACUGAAAACCUUUUGUCGUCGGAAAACACGGAAAUAUCGAACGACCGGACUUUUCCAUCGACCAUGCUGAACGAUAACGGUGUGUCCAGAUCGUUCGCAACUAAUAUCGACGAAUUAAACUUACUGGGAGAGAGCGGAGACAGUGAGGAGGUACGUACUCGUAAAUCCUCCAAGGACGAUACUUGCGCGUUUCGUAUCGACGAAUUGAACUUGUGAUUUUGUUUCAAGUAUACGCCCUUUAUUCGUAAUGUUACGAACAAAUUUAAGACUUACGUAAGGUAGAUAAUUUUUUAAGAUGUAAAACUUUUUUUUUACACAUAUACUGAUUUAACUUAAUAAAUGCUAAUUCCUUUUGUUACCAU